UGGUUCCGCGACCGUCUCUGGCCUCAAGUGGUGGACAAAGUGCCGCUCAUUACCGCCGAUGACAGCGCUCGCCAUCAGAUCACUGAACUGUUGUUCGCGUUUGUGCUGAAAGAGACGGAUCUGUUGACAGACGCCGAAGCCCUGUACUACGAGUCGGUGUUGGAUCUGUUCAACGACGAGAUCGCGUUCGGUGUCAUGUUUUGGCUGAAGAUGUGCUCGCAUUUCAAUUGGCGCCGCCAUUACGUCAAACUCGUGGCUCGACAUCAACGUUGUCGAGAACUGUUGGACGUGUUGUGCCGGGAGUUGACGGCCCACGAGUCGGCCCACUGUUUGACCGCCGAUGAGCUCCAGUACUUCUAUUCGGUUGUGGACAGCGUUUGCGUUCAAACCAUCGCUAGUAAUGUAUUGAACGGAAAGUCAGGCGACAAUCGCUAUUUCAUUGAUCUCCAGAAGACUGUCGAGCAAAAUGUGGUCAAUCGCAAGGAUUACAAGCCAUUGAUGAGACAAUUGCCGACAUUUAUCGUCUUAAUCGAAGAGUUGAUUGGCUUUGCGUUUACGCUAAUCCCGAGUGACGGCCAGACAUGCGGUGAAUUGUCUCUCAAAAUGUUGACAGAAAUGGAUGAUCUGUUCGGCCAUAGUUUUAAGGACACAGACGUUAGCGAUGAUCAUAAGUACCACUCAUUGCCCGAAGAUCUCAUCGACGCGAGGAGUGUCCAGAAAUCACUUGAUUUGGUGAACAAACGGUUGAACGAAUCAAAUGUGGAGUUAAAAUCGCUGAAGAAGUUCUUCAGAUUGAUUGACAAAACGCUUGAAACUCUUCCCUCCAAUCGGUUCCCCUAUUUCUCGGAUAUCUUAAGAGACGAUUCGCACAAAAACCACCGAAAACUUAUGGAUCUGUUGCUGAGUUUUGGCGAUUAUAAUGAGUUUAAAGAACUCAUUGAAUCGGUUGCAGCCGAGGAUGUGGUCAGAUAUGAGUGCACA